AGAGAGAUCGACAGUACAUAUCAUCAGUGUCACUUCAUAUGCGUAUACACAGAGGGUUUGCUCUAACUGAGUGACACGGACAUGACCUGUUUUGAUUGCUCAUAAGACAUUGCAUCUUUGCUCUGAUGGACCGUCCGCGUUCUGACCACAUCCUGCUGGUCCUAUGCCUCCUGUUUCUGCUCUGUGUCCAUGGCAACGCUCAAGACCAAGGCCCUACAUGUGAGGUGCGAGUGAAAAGAAACACCAUUUGGAAUGCUGUCCCUCAGAAAGCCCUAACAAUCAACUGCCCUGUGAGGCACUGUGGAGAAAAGCUACACGCCACCUGGUGUAAAUUUGUGGACCCAUUAAACUGUGAACAGAUACAUGAGACAGAGCAAGUCACAUUUGGAUGGAGGCCAAAAAAUAUUUUGAUUUUGUAUUUUAAAAAGAUAUCUAUCAAUGACAAUGGUUUGUACAGAUGUGGAGUUGCUGAAAAUGGGUCAACAACUGUUAGCCAUGCUAUCAAAGUCUCUGUCUCAGAUAGCAACCUGGAGAUUACAAGCACAGCAGACCACAACACAAAUGACUCAGAGAAUGCAAAGCCUGAUAGGAAUGAUCCAAGCUUUAUGCCUUAUGUUUUCAUCUGUGUGGGAAUUGUAGUCCUGGUGGUCAUUGUGACAGCAUUUUCCUUCUUCUGUCUACAUGCAUAUAAAGGACCAAGCAGGUCAACCGGAAAUAGAACAAAGAGGCAGGACAUGUCCACACUGGCAGCACCAUGUCCAGACCUCUCCUUCAACCCUGAGGGAACCUUUCCAUCAUCACCAUCCACCCCAAACCCCGUACAGCCUGCCAAUCUCUAUGACAACGGUCUCUACUGUAACCGCAUCAACGGGAAAAAUGGAGCUCUACCAUCCUCCAACAUCAGAGCAGGAGGUCAAGUGUCAAGCCACCUUGUGUAUGCUUCCCUGAACCACGAUACCACCAGGGGGUCCCUGAGAUCAGCCCGUAUUCCAACCCCGCAGGAUGAGUUCUCUGAGUACGCAGCAAUACGGGUCUACUAAGCUCUGAGAGAGACCUCAGACAGACCAUAACAGUACAGUGCUGUCAGUUGUGUUCAUUGAUGGUUGUUUUCACACAGAGGAAGAGGAAAGCUGAACAUUUUUGUUUAUGAAAAUUUGACUCAUCGGGGGAUCUGUUUUCAUAUUAUAUUUUUUUAGGGCACUUGAUAUAAUUUUCACGGACUCAAUGACACACACUUCCUGGUGUAAUUGCAACGGUGAGCAAUGUGUUAACCGCAGUGCAGUAUUGUUUCAGAGAAGAAGAUGUAAAGGUGGAGUGUGACAGAGGUGUUAGAACUAGAGAGUAUGUGCUUCUGAGUGAACAUCCUUCACAUCACACCGCAGAGCUAGAGGAGCAAAGGUGUCGGUAACGCUCACUUCAAGAUAUUCACACAUAAUGAUGGAAAACCAUCAUUUGUUAAUUACUAUCAAGAAAUACAUGAUAUAUACAAAAGUAAGUGGACACCCAUUCAAAUGAGUGGAUUUGGCUAUUUCAGCCACAAUCGUUGCUGACAGGUGUAUAAAAUUGAGCACACAGCCAUUCAAUCUCCAUAGACACAAAUUGGCAGUAGAAUUGCCUUACUGAAGAGCUCAGUGACUUUCAACAUGGCAUCGUCAUAGAAUGGCACCUUUCCAACAAGUUACUUUGUCAAAUUUCUGCCCUGCUAGAGCUUCCCCGGUCAACUUUAAGUGAUGGUAUUGUUAAGUGAAACGUCUAGGAGCAAAAAAAUUGCACAGAACAGGACCGCCGAGUGCUGAAGCGCGCAGCUUGUAAAAAUCGUCUGUCCUCGGUUGCAACACUCACUUCCGAGUACCAAACUGCCUCUCAAAGCAAUGUCAGCUGUUCGUCGAGAGAUUCAUGAGCUGUACACAAGCCUAAGAUCACCAUGCGCAAUGCCAAGUGUUGGCUGAAGUGAUGUAAAGCUCGCCGCCAUUGGACUCUGGAGCAGUGGAAACGUGUUCUCUAGAGUGAUGAAUCACGUAUCACCAUCUGGCAGUCCGAUGGAUGAAUCUGGUUUUGGGGCUGUUUUUAAUGGUCCGGGUCAGCAAAGUCGCAGCAGCAAUGUCCCAACUUCUAGUGGAAAGCCUUCCCAGAAGAGUGGAGGCUGUUAUAGCAGCAAUGUCCCAACAUCUAGUGGAAAGCCUUCCCAGAAGAGUGGAGGCUGUUAUAGCAGCAAAAGGUUGACCAACUCAAUAUUAUGAUUUUGGGAUGAGAUGUUCAACGAGGAGGUGUCCACAUACUUUUGGUUUUUAUUUAGAGUAUAUUUUAAUGAUAAAAUCCAUUAGCUAUUUUGGUGAUUAUAAGUGAGGAUAUAAA